CCCGCGAGAGAAGCGCUGUGCUUGCUGCAUGGAUGGUGACCCUGCAAGUCCACCGCUCCAGGCUCCAGCUGUCAGCUGUGCUCUGCUUUUCUCUGGCUUUCCCACCCUGUCUCCGGUGCCAUGGCGUCCAGUGAAGAGGACGGCUCCGCGGAGGACAAGGAAAACAACAGGAAGAAAACCAAACGUCCUUUUGUCACAGCAUGGCUAACCGUUUAUAACAUUGCCAUGACAGCCGGGUGGAUGGUGUUGGCUGUGGCUAUGAUCCGGUUUUAUAUACAAAAAGGGACACACAAGGGUCUGUACAAAAGCAUAUCAAGGACACUCAAGUUUUUUCAGACAUUUGCAUUGCUUGAGAUUUUCCAUUGUGCAUUUGGAAUGGUGCGUACCUCUGUGAUUGUGACUGGGGUCCAAGUGUGUUCAAGAAUCUUCAUGGUGUGGUUUGUCACUCAUAGCAUUAAGCAGAUCCAGAAUGAAGAGAGUGUUGUUCUUUUCCUCGUCGCGUGGACGGUGACAGAGAUUACAAGAUAUUCCUUCUACACAUUCAGCCUGCUCAAUCAUUUGCCGUACUUCAUUAAAUGGGCCAGAUACAACUUGUUCAUUGUAUUGUACCCAGUUGGCGUGGCCGGUGAACUUUUGACCAUUUAUGCUGCCCUGCCGUAUGUUCGUAAAUCUGGCAUGCUCUCAGUGAGGCUUCCCAACAAGUACAACGUCUCCUUCGACUACUACAUUUGCCUGAUCAUUGUCAUGCUCUCAUAUAUACCAUUGUUUCCACAGCUGUUUUUCCACAUGCUGCGUCAGAGGAGGAAGGUGCUUCACGGGGAGGUGAUGGUUGAAAAGGAGGAUUAGUGCAUCUACGAACCCCACCGCGCUUGUUCUCAGGAUAACCUGUACAGCAAAGCAUUAAAAAAAUGUGAUCUACGUUAGGAGCUCAAGUAACAUUCAUGUAACUAAAAUAAACAGCUGUGCAUGAAAUACCAUGGAUUCCGUCAUUGAUUCUUUAAACAGAGGGUUCCGUGUGUGAAAAUGAUCAGCCUGAAACUUGGGUAUUUUGUGGGAAAAGUUUGGAGCUACCAUUACAACUUUCUGUUAUGAUAUUUCUUCUGUUGCAACCAUUUUAACAGUUUUGCUCCUGUAGCUCGAUAGAUAUUCUUAAAAAAAAAAAUAAAAUAAAA